AUGGUGGCCAAGACUGAUAAGUCGAGCGAGGGUCUCGCUAAUCGAGCCCUCCUCGAUAAGAUGGACAAGCUGAGAGAGCUCGGUAUCUCGAACAUGGUCCCGCUUCCUCAGAUGGUAGUAGUAGGCGAUCAGAGCGCUGGAAAGUCGAGUGUCCUCGAAUCUCUCACUGGCUUUCACUUCCCGCGCUCGGUGACGCUCUGUACUCGUCACGCGACCGAGAUUAUCUGUCGACGAGAAGAAACCGAGAGUAUCGUCGUAUCUAUACACGCUGUCGAUGCGGACUCCGAACAGGCUCACUCAUUUCGCCGAACUGCCACUAACCUCGACGCCGAGGAGUUUGCACAGAUUUUCCAAGAUGCAGCUAAAGCCAUGGGCAUUAAGUCGGAAUCUGCUGACGAAUCCUCUGGUUCUGCAUUCAGUCGCGACGUUCUUCGCGUGGAAAUCAGCGGACCCAACGAGGAUCAUUUGACUGUUAUCGAUGUCCCUGGUAUGUUUGAGAACGUUACUCCUGGAGUAACCACCAAAGAGGACAUCGAUCUUGUCAAAAGUAUGGUGCAGAAAUACAUCAUAGAAUCUCGAACCAUCAUCCUUGCUGUCGUCCCUUGUAACGGCGACAUUGCCAAUCAGAAGAUUCUCACUUACGCUAAGGAAGUUGAUCCCGAGGGCAAGCGCACCCUUGGUGUCCUGACGAAGCCGGACUUGGUCACCGAGAAUGCUAACAAGGAGGUCGUACUCAACCUUGUCCGUGGUGGACGCCGUGAUCUCGAGCUCGGAUACUGCAUCGUCAAAAACAGAAGUGCGGAUGACAAUUCCUCUAGCCCUGAACAACGGACUAGAUCGGAGAAAGAAUUCUUCUCCAAAGCUCCCUGGACUAGACUCUCUCCCGAUCGAUGUGGCAUUCCAGCCCUCAAAGUUCGUGUCCAACAACUUCUGAUGAACCGCACGAAGAGCGAGUUUCCCAAGGUUCGUUCUGAACUUGAUUCCAGGCGCAAAGAGUAUGAGGCUCUUCUCAAAUCGUUGGGUCAGUCACGCAGCACAGAAGCAGAGCAGCGUGUCUAUAUCGGUGAAAUCGCUGCCCGGUUCGCACAGAUCACCAACUACGGCCUCGACGCUUAUUACACACGACACAGAAUCUUUGAGAACGAGGAGCUCAAGCUCAUUACUCGUAUCCGCGAGAUCAACGAGGGCUUUGGAAAAGUUCUCUACGAUAAAGGGCAUACUCGAAACUUCUCUGAGUUUGGCAACGAGGACAGAAAAGAGCCAAGCGAGGACGCUGAUGCCUCUGAUCCAUUCUCUACAGUUGAUGUCAAUAGAGAGGAUUUGUAUGAGGAGAUGACGUUCAAGAUUCCUUUGCUUGGCGAAGACGAUUUGGUGGGUGACAUUCUUUACGAUCCAUACUAUUGCGACGAGCCUCUGGACGAAGACAUACUGGCCUAUAUUGAAAAAGAGUACUUGAGCUCACGAGGUUACGAGAUUGGAACUUUCAGCGGUGAAAUGAUCCCCGUCACGUUCAAAGAACAAUCAAAGAAAUGGCGUCCCAUGACUCAAGCCCACGUCUCCAACGCCAUUCUCAUUGUUCACCACUUCAUCCGAACGGUCCUAGACUCGUGCUGUCCCGAUCCUCUAAUCCGCGGUCCCCUCUGGGAGUUCCUUUUCGAAGAUCUCCAAAAGCGCUACCGUCGUGCCAUCGACCAUGUUGAGUUUCUGCUCGAGGUCGAAUUUGAGGGUAAAAGUAUAACGUACGACCCAAACUUCAACCAAUCUCUCAGUGACCUUAAGCUCGCUCAUAUCAAAGGCCUUGGCAAGGACGUUGAGGAAAUCAUGGACUCUUAUCAGUUCGAGAAGCCAGCCACCAUAAAAAGCAUAGCGGCAUCGACCCGUAAACUUAUGGAAAAGAAGUUCAACGGAGAGACCGCCCUCAGUACCACCCGUCGGGAUAUUCACAAUGUUCUUCACACCUUCUACGACAAUGCCCGCGGCCGCUUUGUGGAUGUUGUUUGCCAGCAAGUCAUCGAUCAUUUCCUCCUACAUGCCUCAAUUGGCCCGCUUGCUGUAUUUUCUGAGAGAGUCGCUCUCCACAUGACUCCUGAGCAACUUGAGGUUAUUGCCGGUGAGGACAUGCUCAGCAGAGACCAACGUGAAAAGCUCACUCGCGACAUUGCUAACCUGAAGGAGGCUCUUAAGGUUCUCCGUGGUUAA